AUGCACGCCAAAUUGACCGGCCAGGACGUGGCAAAGCACAACAACAAGGACUCUUGCUGGGUUAUCGUACACGGAAAAGCCUACGAUGUCACAGAAUUCCUACCAGAGCACCCCGGUGGCUCAAAGAUCAUUCUGAAGUAUGCCGGAAAGGAUGCGACAGAAGAAUUUGACCCUAUCCACCCCCCAGACACUCUUGACAAGUACCUCGACAAAUCCAAGCACGUAGGACCAGUCGACAUGUCCACCGUCGAAGCUGAAGUCAAAGCCGAAGACCCCGAAGAAGCCGCCCGCCAGGAACGUAUCGCGAACAUGCCCAUCCUUGAGCAAUGCUACAACCUCCUCGACUUUGAAGCUGUCGCAAAGCAUGUCAUGAAGCGCACCGCGUGGGCUUACUACUCUUCCGGUGCCGACGACGAAAUCACAAUGCGGGAAAACCACUCAGCGUUCCACAAGAUAUGGUUCCGCCCGAGAAUCCUGAUUGAUGUGGAACAUGUGGACACUAGCACAACAAUGUUGGGCGAUAAGUGUUCAAUUCCGUUCUAUGUUACUGCAACGGCAUUAGGAAAGCUUGGAAACCCUGAGGGUGAGGUGGUAUUGACCAGGGCGGCGCAUAAGCAUGAUGUCAUUCAAAUGAUCCCUACACUUGCGUCCUGCUCUUUCGAUGAGAUUGUGGACGCAAAGAAGGGAGAUCAGAUCCAAUGGCUCCAGCUCUACGUCAACAAGAACCGCGACGUCACUCGCCGCAUAGUAGAGCACGCCGAAAAGCGCGGGUGCAAAGGACUUUUCAUAACCGUUGACGCACCACAACUUGGACGACGUGAGAAGGAUAUGCGCUCUAAGUUCGAAGAUGUUGGCACCAACGUACAAAAGGUUGAAAACGAUAAUGUCGACCGCUCUCAGGGUGCCGCACGUGCGAUCUCCUCCUUCAUUGACCCCUCCCUCUCAUGGAAAGACGUCGCCUACUUUCAAUCCAUCACCAAGAUGCCAAUUGUCCUCAAGGGUGUGCAGCGCGUCGAAGAUGUCAUCUUAGCUGUCGAGCAUGGCUGUGCUGGUGUAGUCCUCUCUAACCAUGGUGGCAGACAGCUCGAUACUGCACCAUCGGGAAUUGAAGUCCUUGCAGAGGUCAUGCCCGAGCUCCGGAAGAGGGGCAUGGAGAACAAAAUUGAGAUUUACAUCGACGGUGGUAUCAGGCGUGCGACUGAUAUCAUCAAGGCGCUUUGCUUGGGUGCCAAGGGUGUGGGUAUUGGCAGGCCGUUCUUGUAUGCGAUGAGUGCGUACGGUGAGGCUGGUGUCAAUAGGGCCAUGCAGUUGUUGAAGGAUGAAUUUGUGAUGAAUAUGCGUUUGAUCGGCGCUAACAAGGUCGAGGACUUGAACCCAUCUAUGGUUGACACGAGAGGGCUGUUUACGCACACCGUCUCAACUGCCUCAGAUACAUUAUCAAGCUCAGCAUACGAUGUUCUGUGUGCGCCGUCGUUCAAGGAGAAGGCAAAGUUGUGA